UCAAUCAAACACACCAAUUAGUCGCAGUAACCGCAAAUUUCCGAAAUUUGCCAGUUACAACACUUUGUAGUGGAAGGCCAGACCUUGACUGAGUUCAACAUAAAAUAUCGAUUUUAAUAAAAGAGAAGCGAGCUGGUCUUAAAAUCCUGUGAAUCCGUAGAGCGUUAAAUCCCGUAGGAUUCAGUGCGAAAAGUGUCAGUGCGGCAAAGAAUAUCACGGGGGGCCUUUGGUGAUUUGCUUGGCGUGUUGGUGAUAAAAAAAUUGCGUCACGUGAAUCAGCUGGUUGACACCCGACUGAAAAGUCAUAACAAAUUCAAGUGCUGUGUCUUUAAAUGACUCGAAUUCCGAUUCGUCAUGCUCCUUAAACCGCGAGUUUCCCUCCUCAAAAAGCUGGGAUGCCGAUACUCCAGCUUAUAUUCCCCGGAAGUGAUUUUGAGUGAUGAAAACAUCAAAAGAACGGUGGCCAAAUUCUCCAGCAUGAAGCCGAUAAGGAUGAUCGCGCAUGAACCAAACAAGCGAGCUGGAGUGCUAAUUCCACUUUGUCUAGUCGAUGGAAAGGUGGCGAUACUGUACACUUUGAGGGCGGCAAAUUUGAAAUCCCAUCGGGGCCAAGUGAGUUUUCCUGGCGGCAUGCAGGACGUGACCGAUAGAAACCUGGAACAAACCGCUCUAAGGGAGACUGAGGAGGAAUUGGGCAUCGAACGCACUAACAUUGAAGUCUGGGGAAGCGGCAAUGUUAUAGUGACGCGCCUAGAAACCAGCGUGACUCCUGUGAUAGGCCAGAUCAAAGGAGAAUAUCGAAAAUAUGACCUCAAAGUGAACUCUUCAGAAGUGGAGGACGUUUUCACUGUGCCCCUUGAAGAUCUCUGCAAACCGCAGAACUUGGGCUACACUCAGUUUCGGGGCGCAUUCGCCUCAAUGCCGGUAUUCACUGGAGGCAAAAUGCGCGUUUGGGGCCUUACCGCUCUACUUACCUAUCGGUUUCUAAGCAGCUUGUUGCCGCACCAGGCCUAUUUUCAUAACAUUAAGUACAUGAAUCCUGUAAAACACAACAUGAGGCAUGCGAUAAGAUAAAAAAUUCCAGCUACAUUGUAAAUAACUUAUUUUAAAUUUACGGAAUUACACGGAUAUUUAGGAACAUUGUUGGACGUAUAAAGAGGAAAAUAUAAGUCACAACGUUCAAUU